GCCUCUUCCGCCGGGCGCCAUGGAGCGGGCGGCCGUGCUGCGCGUCCAGCGGAAGCGCGGCGGGACGGAGCCGGCCGAGGCGCUGCUGCUCGCCUGCAAGCGGCUGCGCUCCGAGGGCGGCGGCCCGCCGGUGGAGAGGAGCCUCUUCAAGCUGGUGGCCACCGUGUCCUCCAAGAAUGAACCAGUUCAGAAGUACGUUCAAGAAGGGAUCACUCGAGACAAAGCGGCUCGGAUCCUGCGCCCCUCUUUGGGAAGCACUCAGCGGGUCAUCCAGGGGCUCCGCUCUUGCAAGCAGGUGCAAAGGAAGGAAAACCGCUACAGGGUGGUGGCCAGUCACCGACCCAGCUGUGCUGAGCCUGCUGCACCUGCCAGAAAGGGCAAGGAGAAGGCUGAUGGUGACAGGGGAGACUCUGGAGCAAGGGAAGAUGCUUCACCAAAGGAGGGCGGUGCUGUGGAGGAGAGCUCGGACUGCCGUGGAGAAUUCCAGUUGUUUGAUAUCGUACAAGAAGAGGAGGUGGUGGGAGACUCCAGUGUGACUGCUGCAAACCCACAGAAGACUGAUCCUGAUGUGAUCCUUUGCAAUGCAGUAGAGAUGAUCCGUGAGCGUUUAAAUGUUUCUGAAGAUGGUAAGAAGGAAGAGAAAGAUGAUUAUGUUUAUGAUAUCUACUAUAUGGAAACAUCAGUCCCUGGUUGGAUCCAGAAUAUCCUUUCUGUGCAGCCCUAUAGAGAAGAAUAUGAACUGGUAGAUGAUGAUCACGUUCCAGAGGAAAUGUAUGAAGAUGAAGAUGAUGAAAAUGAUGAAAAUAACUGGCGUAAUGAUUAUCCUGAUGAAGAUGAAUUCUUACCUGAGGAAGAUGGUGAUGGAGAAAAAGAGUCUGAAGAGAGCCUCAGUGAUGAGGAGCAAUGUUACAGGAGAAGAACAUGGAACAAAUACCGACAGGAGGUUCUACAGGAGUUUGGAUACGAUGAGAUCCAGGAUUUGGAUUCUGACUAACAGCCCUUUUCUGAAGAUGAAAUGCAAACUGAAGAUAAAAUUCUACUCUUGCAGUAGAACUGAAAAUCCAGACAGCCAUCACUGGCUAUUUGUAAGAAUGAUGAACGAAAACAAAGAACAAAACAAAAAAAACUGCCAUAAAACAAACCUCUGGAAAACCACUUUUUGGUAAAAGUAGUGCUCAUUGGGACAGUAGGAAACCAAUCUUUACAUGGGUAAGGCUUAAACUUAAUUUUUGCCAGUCUGGCCUUCUGAAAGUGUUGGUGAUUAGCAUGGUUUACCCUAAUGCUGACUAGGCUUGAAUAUUGGAGACUAGAGUUGGGUUCCAGUAAAUGCUAAAACCUUGAAGUAUCUGAGCUGUAACGCUCAGAUACUAAACUGAUGAGUGUCAAUAUGCAACUUGACAAUACCAUUUUUUAUUCCAAGCAAAAGACACUAUAUGCUUUAAAGAAGAUUUUUCUGCCCACUGGGUGAUGCUGAGGUUCUGAAGGAACUUUUUUCCUCCUAAAGCUGCAUAUCCAAGCAUUUGUACCUGUUCUGCCAGUACCUCCACACUAUAUAUGGGGGUGCUGUUGGCAGCAACCCCUCUUGUCAUGACCAAUGUGUCAUGUUUCACAAGAAGAUGAACAUGUCUGCUGUGAUGGCAACUGGAAGUCCUGGAAAAAGGCACUCUGUCCUAGUGCUUUCUACUGUAGUUGUUCCUGAGUUUCAAGUUACCUUCUCUACAAGUAUGGGAGCAUGUGAAAAUGCCUUGGCUUGUCCAUUAUAUUUCUGGAUUUCUCUCCAGUAAUUUUACUAUUGGAGUAGAACAGUAUAUAUGCAUUUAAAUUGUAAAUAAAGAAAUUUAAACUAAA